AUGGUGUUUUGGGAAAGUUAUGUGAGUGAUGAAGUAAUGGGAAUUUUUGCCCCAAUUGUCAUUUAUUGGUUGUACGCGGGGUUUUACCAGCUAUUGCCACCAUUGGAUGAAUACCGAUUGCACACUAGAAAAGAGGAGGAAGAGAAGAAUUUGGUGCCGCUAUCGAAUGUUGUUAAGGGUGUUUUGCUUCAACAACUAGUUCAAGCUGCUAUUGCUCAUGUACUCUUUUUGUUGACUGCACCAGCUGAUGAUUUUGGAAUCCCAAUCCAGCCCUCUAUCCCUAUCCAAAUACUGCAAAUUAUUAUUGGAAUGUUCGUCAUGGACACAUGGCAGUACUUUAUGCACCGCUACAUGCAUCAGAACAAAUUCUUAUACCGCCACAUCCACUCUCAGCAUCACAGGCUAGUUGUACCUUAUGCAAUUGGGGCCCUUUAUAAUCACCCACUCGAGGGUCUCGUGCUCGACACAGUGGGUGGUGCCAUUGCAUUCCUCAUCUCAGGAAUGACUGCACGGACAUCGGUCUUUUUCUUCUGCUUUGCUGUAAUUAAAACGGUUGAUGAUCAUUGUGGACUCUGGUUGCCUGGCAAUAUCUUCCAUAUCUUUUUCCAGAAUAACACAGCUUAUCAUGAUAUCCACCAUCAACUCCCAGGCACAAAGUUCAAUUAUUCUCAGCCAUUCUUCUCCAUAUGGGAUAAACUUCUAGGGACUCACAUGCCUUACACUCUUAUAAAGCGACCUGAAGGCGGCUUUGAGGCUAGACUGGUCAAGGACUAG